AUGGCUGAUGGCCAGCCCUGCCUUAUGGCCAAAGAAAUCCCUCAGGCGGUGUUGGCAGCAAGGAAGCUGUCGGGACAAGACCCUCUCUCCCACCCGAACCUGGAGAAGAGGAGGGGGCCUUGCAGACCCCCCAUAGCUCGUUUCACCGCUCGGGCGCACGAGGGGAGCCGGUGCGCUCCGAGCGCGGCCGCGCUGCGGGGCUCCGCGCCCGGGGGCUCCGCGCUGCGGGGCUCCGCGCUCGGGGGCCCCGCGCUCGGGGGCCCCGCGCUGCGGGGCUCCGCGCUGCGGGGCUCCGCGCUCGGGGGCUCCGCGCCCGGGGGCUCCGCGCUGCGGGGCUCCGCGCUCGGGGGCUCCGCCCGGCGCGGAUGCAGGAAAAGCGGCCCGACACUCCCCUCUGCUGUCCGCGCACACCGCGGCACGCUCCGCGCCGCUGCCCGAGCGCCGCCCCGCAGAAACCCCGCCGGGCUCCUUUGUCCGGCCAAAGCAGCAAACAAGUGUGUACCAGAGCAGAGCAGCAGCCAUCGGCAGCGUCUGCUCGUGUCAUGUAGUACCUGA